CUCCUCUGCGCUGACAACCACAGCCUCACCAUGAAAAAGAUCAUCUUCUUCGAGGAGCGGGACUUCAAGGGCCGCCACUAUGAGUCCGGCCAGGACUGCAUGAACCUGGCGUCGAACCUGAGCCGCUGCAACUCGAUCCGCGUGGAGGGCGGCGCCUGGGUCAUCUACGAGCGUCCGGACCACAAGGGCAACAUGUACAUCAUGGAGCCCGGGGAGUACCCCGAGUACCAGCGCUGGAUGGCGCACAACGACCACAUCGGCUCUUGCAGAACCAUUCGUGGUCAAAACAGUUCCAACUUCCGCAUUGCCAUGUAUCAGCAUGAUGACUUCGGUGGGCAAACCAUGGAGCUGACCGAAGACUGCUCACACCUGCACGACCGCUUCAGCAUGAGAGAGGUGCGCUCUGUGAGGGUGCACGACGGCGCCUGGGUGGGGUACGAGGAGCCGCACUACCGCGGGCGCCAGUACCUGCUGGAGAAGGGCGACUACCGCAAGUGCUGCGAGUACGGCGCAAUGAGCCCCACCAUGCAGUCGGUGCGCUGCAUCCGACGAUUCUGAAUGCUUUGCUGCAGCUCACCGAGGUUAAAACAAACCAUGUAACGGUCUAAACUCGUGCUGAACAAUCUUCAAAGUUGGAAAAUAAUUGUAUUGGUUUUCUGUACAAUAAAUUGAUUGGAUGAGCAUUA